UUGACAUAUGAAUUCCAUGACACAACUUAACCAAUUACCAAUUACAACAAAUGGACAAUAUUGAUAGUGGUUUAAUAAAAUAAACAAAAUGGAAUUGCUGGUAUUGCUUUUUUCAUUUCUAAUACAAAUAUCCUUAGCUGAAGAUGGGUUAGAAUCGAUUUCUACAGUGGCAAGAGCUCCAGACAAAUUUAAAGUCCAUUUCAUGGAAGCCAAUUCAACGUACGUUUUUAAGCCCUUGAAACGUGGUUUCUUUGAAAAACACUUGAACACCUACUGCUAUUCCGGCGAACCAAAAACAUUAGGCCGUCUGUUGGAGUCGAUUGAGCUGGUCUUAGAAAUCGAUGGAGAUGAUUACACUCAAUAUGAGGGCACCACACCUCAAGAAGUCGAGGAACACUACAACGAUCACCGUUCCCUUUUCAGUUUCAAUUUAUUCUCUCAAAAAAGGUCGCGUUUAUCGCUGUCACCAUUUACGCAACAAUGUAUUGGUAUCGAGACCGUUCAGCCGUACAAGGUAUAUUUGUUACAAGAAAAGGUUGAUUAUGUACGUCUCAUGCUGCUACUUGGUGGCAUAACGAUAUUUCUGUUUUCCGGCGUACUGAGUACAAAUGUAAUAGUUUAUUAUAUAACUGGAACUAUUAUUGGUAUUUGUUCUUUCUUUCUGUUGUUAAUAUGGCUCAUUACAGCAACAUUUUUAUUUAAUCAUUGAUGGAAACCCUUGUUUUAUAACACUCUAAUAUAAUUAUACAAGAAAAAACAACAAUUUAAAAAUACUAUUUCAUAAACAUAAACUACAGCAAAAAUUACAAAACAUUCAUUCAAAUAAAACAUAACAACAAAUGAACCUAACUAAGCUACAUUUCUACUUUAACAACAAAAGAAAAGAUCACAAAAAACGGAAGAAAGAAGAAGAAAAUAUAUUACAAAAAUAACAACUAUACUAAAUGAAAAUCUAAAUAAAUAAUAUUGCUAUUGUGAA